UACUUAGCGACGUGGGUUAGCCGAAAACACGAUUUUGAUCUGCAACCGGAUGCUUUGCGGCUACUUUUGCGGUUACACAUUACAAUAGGGGACUUCCCUAUCCCGUGGCUUGUCGCUGCAGUGAUACGGGGGGCGUGCCGUCUGCCCGCGGUGACGGCUGUAAAGCGGACCGCUACGCCAGGAAAGUAAACACACCAUUCUGCCAAGAUGGCCUCGCUGCCCGCGCUCCGAGCGGUACUCCUGGUGGCAUUUUCGGUUUUCCUCACGGUGGUGCUGGGUUUUGGACUCCCUGCUCUCCUGAACGCGUUCAUGAGGAUGCUGGGGUUGCCGGAGACGAGCGUGACCGAGUGCAUAGUUGCGCUGUACGCAGUUUUUGUCCUGUACGUGGCGACGCCUCGAAUUCCAAGAGGACUGGUGGAGGUGAAAGGGAAAGCCGUGCUUAUUACAGGCUGUGACACUGGAUUUGGUUACGCUCUCGCCAAACAUCUGCACAAGCUUGGCUUUACGGUCUUUGCCGGAUGUCUUCUCAAGGAUAAAGGUGGAGACGGUGCAAAGGAGCUUGAGGAACUUCAUUCAGAUCGAAUGAAGGUCGUGCAGCUGGACGUGUGCAAUGAAGAGCAGGUGAACAAGGCAGUGGAACACAUCAAAGAGAGCCUGGGUGAAUCUGAAGCGGUUCUCUGGGCUGUGGUGAAUAAUGCCGGUGUGUCAACGUUUGGAGAGGUCGAAUUUACCUCCAUGGACACCUACAAGCACGUGUCAGAGGUCAACUUGUGGGGCACCAUCAGGGUGACUAAAGCCGUUUUGCCGUUAAUCCGCAGGGCAAAGGGCCGUGUCGUGAACGUGGCCAGCAUGUAUGGGAGGAUGGGCAACAUCAUGAGGUCACCGUACUGCAUUUCCAAAUACGCCGUGGAAGCCUUUUCUGACUGCCUCCGCUACGAGAUGAAAGCGUGGGGCGUAAAAGUGUCCGUAAUCGAACCGGGCAACUUCAUUGUGGCCACUGGCAUCCUGACCCGCGACAUCGUGGCCACCACGGCCAAUAAGCUGUGGAGCGAGGCGCCCUCGGAGGUGAAGGAGGAUUAUGGGAAGACCCACUUUGAGCAGAACAUGGCUCUGAUGCGCUCUUACUGCAGCAGCGGGCAGAAGGAUUCGGUCUCCGUGCUGGAUGACAUCACCGACGCCAUCAUGUCCAAGCGUCCUCACACGCGCUACAGCCCCAUGGAGCCGCACUGGUGGAUCAGAAUGCAGGUGAUGACCCACCUGCCGGGCGCCAUAUCUGACCUCCUUUACUUCUAGAAGAGAAGCUGUUCCUGUCUUUAGCUCACCCUGAGAAUCAGAUAGCGUUAUAUUCUUCAGCUAAGUAGCAGUUACACAGAACUACACACUCAAAGUGGGGUGCCUGCCAUUUAUUCCUCAGCACUUGAAAUCAUCUAGUGAUCAAUCAAGCCUUAACAAUAUAAAAAAGGUUUUGUGAAUUGUAAGUAAAUUAUUGCACUUUGCUUUUCAUGUGUCUGGCAAGAAGCAUAACUUUAUCUAUACAGAUAUUCUCUUGAGUAGUAACUACUUUGUGUUUGGUAUCAGCAGAGCGAAAAUCUGCUCAUAGCUAUAAGCGCUGCAUCUUUAUCGCUUGCUGUGGUAAAAAUCUUUUUAAAAAUAAGUUUCUCCUUCUGGCUCUAAAUAUUUUUUCCCCAAAUACUUGUAACGUUUUGCCUUAUGGGAAUCUUGCGGGGCCACCCCAGUGGCACGAGGACCAAAGCUGGCUCAGGAGAAGGCUCCUGCUGCUCUUCUAUGGCAGACAGCGGAAAAAACCAGGGUCAGCUACUGUAGGACCAUGGUGAGACUUUGGCCUGGCUCGGCCCGACAUUGCGUAACAACAGCACAAUCCCACUUUGUCUCUCAUGCUCUAAACAGUCCUGUGUGAAUGGGUUUUGGAGCACGUCAGCACCGAGGUCUUUUAAUGUGAUAAAUGGGUACACUGGACUGAAAAAGUUCCCUCCCCUCUCUGAUGACAAAGUAUUUUGUAUAUGGAAUGAUCCAAAUAAAAAGAGCAUUAUAUUUUAAAAUAUUA